UUCCGCCCACCGCGUCAGUUUCUAGAUCAAGUAUCUUGUACUCCUGUUGUACUGUGAAAGCCCUCAAAGACUUUCAUUUUUUUAUUUGCUCUCUUCUUCUCUCAGGUCUUCUUGAGCUUUGUAUCAACUCUUUUUCGGUCUAGUAUCACUGUUGGCCGAAACCUCUCACAAUGGCUUCUCAACUUCUUCCUCUUGAGCUGAUCGACAAGUGUGUCGGCUCCAGAAUCUGGGUUAUCAUGAAGAAUGAUAAGGAGUUCUCUGGUACAUUGCUGGGAUUCGAUGACUACGUCAACAUGGUUUUGGAAGACGUGACAGAAUUUGACUACUCUGGCGCGCAAGUCAAACUUCCUAAGAUAUUGCUCAAUGGCAAUAACGUUUGCAUGUUGAUUCCUGGAGGCGAAGGGCCAGUUGGUAGCUCAUGAACCUCAUGAUAUUCACGAUGUUUCAAGCUUUGUUUCAAUUAUCCAAUGAAUAUU